AUAAUUUGUAUCAAGCUAUUUCAAUACUUUUAGAAUGUGUCAUAGUCAAUCAAGCCGGGGAGCUUUGUAAGAAUUAGGUUUUGAAGUUUCAACUACUACAGUACUACCACUGUACCCACAACUUGAACUCCCCUCGUCACACACGACGACGACGUGACCUUCGUCCACCUGUCAACAAAUCAGCGAGGACUACCCAACAACAGAUAAAAUCUACAGCAGGCGUGGUGUCCGAAGACUCACCAGCACCUGCAGCAAAGCCAAAACCAACUCCACGGGCAGUCCCAAAACGGAUCCAUGUGCUUCCUCCCAAAAGUCCAGUGUCAUCUGACUCGGACAGGCAUGCCAUUGAGCUCGAAACUGCCAAGAACGAAGCUGCGGCUAUACUUGCAGGGAUGGCAGACAGUGGAACAGUUAAUGGGGAGAACGAGAACUUAUUCACGAACCUUGAUGACUUGGCACUCGGCGAGCCUGAGAUUGAGCAGCAACUGGAGCCUGAGGAUGAAGAUAGUGAGGUAGAAGAUGACGACGAUGCUGUAUUGGAGACCGAGGGAAAUGUUGAGGAUGGGGACGACAGUUUCGACAUUAGUCUUCUGGUUCCAAUCGAGGGUGUCGUCGACACUAUGGUCAUUAGCUCCAACACCUCAUGGGGGUAUUUCUGCCUUCAGCUCGCCAAUGCAAUGCUUACCCCGUUGGAGUCACUGAAUAUUGCAUACAAGUUCUCAACAGAUGCGAAGGCUGACCCACCUCGUGCACUCAGCAUGGCGAAGCACCUCUUAGUGCUCAUCCAGGGCGCAGGAACUAUUCUAUGCGACGAGCAGAGGGUUCGCCGUCUGAAGAAGCCAUUCAUGGUGAUUAUUGUGGAUAGAUCUGAAAAUUCGAAGGCGGAUGAAGUUGCCAAAGGCAAAGCAGGACUCGGAAAAGGAAAGGUAAUUACUUCCAUGAAUCAAAGCCGCGAAGCUUGACCAGUUUCUUGUAACAACGGAUAACUCGCUGGAUUGUGCGCUUGCUGGCGCCGGUGUAUGCUGUGAUCUCCGAGAUCUCGAGCAGUGGAAACAUUCGGACAAUAGCCUCGCAAAGAUGUUCAGAAAACUUUCGCAUGCUGGCGUGUUCGAAGAGUGUUUUCGGUGUUGGGAACUUGAAGAUGAUGUUGCUUGAUAAGCUAAGCAAGUACUAAGCUUGGCCUUGGUUCUCUGACCAACUUUGUCUCUUACAGCUUAGCGAUA